UCAGACAGAUCCACUUUUGUUCCUUCUGCAAAUUGUUUCUUAAAUUCAUAAAUCCAAUCUCUUCUCCACCUCCUCCAACAGUACGCACCGCACUGCAUCUUCAAUUCACUCUCUCAAGUUCCCUCUGGUUCGCUCUUCGAUCUAAGAUACAUGGUCUUUUGCAAUGUCUGCCAAGAAGACUGCAAACGUCCAGUUUUCAUCUUGGCCAUUUGAAUAGGAAUUCCUGUAUUGGAUUCCAGGGUUGUUUAUUGUUUUUCAGAAACUGUGCUUCGAUAAAUGGCAUUAGUUACAACUGCUGAAGUUUGUGAUGCAAACCCACAGCUAAUAGUGAGUGGUGAACUUCGAGCUCUUCAGCCUCUUUUUCAGAUUUAUGGUCGGCGCCAAGUCUUUUCCGGACCAGUAGUUACUCUCAAGGUUUUUGAAGACAAUGUUUUGAUUCGUGAGUUUCUUGAGGAGAAAGGCAACGGCAGAGUUCUUGUCGUUGAUGGGGGUGGGAGUCUGAGGUGUGCUAUACUGGGUGGCAACCCUGUUGUACAAGCACAGAACAACGGAUGGGCAGGAAUAGUUGUGAACGGCUGUAUCAGAGAUGUCGAUGAGAUCAAUGGUUGUGAUAUCGGCGUGAGAGCUCUCGCCUCUCAUCCGAUGAAAGCCAACAAGAAGGGGAUUGGCGAGAAACAUGUGCCGAUAACCAUUGGUGGAACAAGGAUCUGUGAUGGGGAAUGGCUCUAUGCAGACACUGACGGCAUCUUGAUUUCUCGAGCAGAGUUGGCGGUCUGAGUCUGUUAACAGAGAGUGCAAGGAAAUUGCAGGUACCGUGCACGGCAAGCAUGCCGUGCCAGAGCCCCUAUUGUUGUGCUUUAUAAGCAGCUUACGCUCUUGCGUGAUGAUGGGUAGUUUGUCAAUUUGUUUUUGAUUAUCCUGUAAUAUUAGCUUUAAGUGUUGUUUCCAACUUUCCAUUAUGGAUCUGACGGUGAUAAGAAUAAUUUAUUAAAGUGAUUUUUGUUCCUAGUUUCAAA